AUGUCCACGAACAAUCUAUGGGCGGACAGUCCAUAUCCAUGGCGCAAUCCCGCCAUCAUCUUCGAAUCUCUACCAAGAUCACUCAUCCUCGCCGACCUAAAACGAUCCUGGCACUUCCAAAGAGAAGCCCACUUCCGCUGGAUGCAAAAAGUGAUCUGGACCUCAGUUGACCGCUAUCGUAUCGUCCUUCGAGACGUCGAAGGCACCGUAGGCGAAAUAGCAAAGGAGCUAUGCAACAAGCCCACGGCAUUCUACUGGCUUCAGUCGGCACAAACAGGUGCGCCCCACGCCCCCGAGAAGACUUGCAUGUCCGGUGGUGUCUUUGCUGCUAUAUACGAAGAAUGGGGACGGAGUCGUGGCAAGCUGAAUAUUGAGUUUGGGCAUUUUUUCGCUGCGCCCGUGAGAGUUGCGGGUACGGGUCCAUCGAGUUUACCAGAUAUCUUGAAGGCGCAUUCGUCGCUUUGCGCGCAAGCACGGCGUAUCUCGUUGGAUAUGGAUAACUACUCCGUGCAUUCGCUUCUUCCUACCGUUGUCCUCGUAUGCGACCGUCGUGACUCAACCGCUAGAUGUGGUUCAGACGGCUUCGUUAGUCUACGCGAAGUAGCGAGCACGCAGACUGUGCUUGUCAUUCUCACCGGGGAAGAUCGUACCAACACCGGUAUCCACAUUUCACUAGAUCCUCUCAAACCAUUCGCUCUGCCCAUCGAAAGACCCGAUGCCACUGGCCUUGUUAUUCUGCGCGUGCCCCUUGAUAUAGCCGUCAGGUUUAUCAUCGAGUUGGAAGGCAGGAUUGAUGAGCGAGAGGGAACAAACAGUGCAACUUUAGACAAGAGUCUCUGUCUGCACCAAACACCUGUUGGAUACAGUCGCGACAUCAGGUUUUACCCCAAUAGGCGUUGA